ACGCAAUCACUGGAAUCUCGUCCAAUAUACCCCAAUGUCCCAUACAGCCCAUAUGCUAGUCCUUACAGUAGUCCAAGAACGAACAGGCGAAGACCGCCCUUACGAGAAUCUAGGCGUAUUUCUAUUGAGCAGAGUGGAAGUUUUCUGCAGUUAAAUCAAUACAAACUAAUGGACCAAAUUGGUCAGGGAUCAUACGGACUUGUUAAACUCGCUUAUUCGGAGGAAGAUUCGACGCACUAUGCAAUGAAAAUAUUGUCAAAACGACGUUUACUACGCCAAGCUGGACUUCUAAGACGGGGGCCCAAAAAGGGAACAUCACCUUUGGAUCGUGUAUAUCGUGAAAUUGCUGUCUUAAAAAAAUUGGACCACCCAAAUGUUGUUAAAUUAGUGGAAGUUCUGGACGAUCCUUUAGAAGAUUCACUAUACAUGGUAUUCGAAUUGGUGAAAAAAGGCGAAGUAUUAAGCAUUCCGACAAACAAUCCGCUAACUAUAGAACGUGCGUGGAGUGUUUUUCGUGAUACAUUACUUGGAUUGGAAUAUUACAGCCAUUAUUCGAUGUAUUUUUCUUAUAUAAGUGUUUAUUCUUCUACUUCUGCAGUGCAUUACCAGCGAAUUAUACAUGCCGACAUAAAACCAGGAAAUCUCUUAUUGACUGAAUGCGGACGGGUGAAGAUUGCUGAUUUGGGAGUCUGUAAUGAAUUCAUCGGAGAAGAUUCAACCAUGACAAAUUACUCUACGGCGGGAACACCAGCGUUCAGAGCACCGGAAACAUUAAAUGUUGGACAGAAUAUAUAUUGUGGAAAAGCGGCCGAUAUUUGGGCACUGGGUGCUACACUUUACGCUUUGGUUUUCGGCAAUGUGCCAUUCGUGGCCGACUCUGUUCCAGUUCUUUACGAUAAAAUAAAAAAUAAACCACUUACUUUUCCGGAGAACAUAAGGAUUCCCCUUGACUUGAAAGACUGCAUAGAACGCAUGCUAACUAAAGAUCCACAUGCUCGAAUUACUUUGCCACAGCUAAAGAUUCACCCUUGGGUAGAUGCAUCAGGCACUCAUCCAUUGCCAAGCGAAGAGGAGAACUGUCGAUUGGUGCAGGUCGAUGAUAAUGAUAUUAACUCAGUAGUCCGUAGUAUACCAAAGCUAGACACACUCAUUCUAAUUAAAACCAUGCUGAAGCAACACUCAUUCGGCAAUCCAUUUAUGCGAGGUGUUUCAGGGCGCGCUCCACAGCGCGGUGGUUCCCGUUUGGAACGUUUUGUACGUGCUGGACGCUCAAAUUCGGCCCCAGGGUCCUAUCACAACAUAGACGAUAGGUGAGUCGACAUUUAAA